UUUUGCCGUCUCGUUUUAUCGCACGCGGCUUUUGACCUCAAGGCCGAAGCUUCGCCACCGCCCCCUCCCCUUCCCAUCUCGAGAUCCUCGACGGAGCCCGAGGCGCCGACCACCACGAUCUACGCUCCUCCUUUCCCAUUACGACUCAGGGUCCCGAUGGUCUGAUUUCUACCCUCUCUGUCCCCGAUCGCAAUCGACUGGAUUUUGGUUCGCAUCAGGAUGGGCUGCGCUGGAUCCACUCCCACCAAAGGAGAAGAGAAUACUAAGAAACUCCGUAAACCAAAGCCCUGGAAGCAUAAUGAGCCAAUAACCCGCACACAUCUCAAGCAGAUGCGUGAUGAAUUCUGGGAUACUGCUCCUCACUAUGGUGGCCAAAAAGAGAUAUGGGAUGCACUCCGAGCUGCAGCGGAAGCUGAUAUAAACCUUGCACAAGCUAUAGUGGACAGUGCAGGCAUAAUUAUUUCAAAUGCUGACAUGACUCUCUGCUAUGAUGAAAGAGGUGCAAAAUAUGAACUACCGAAGUAUGUUUUGAGCGAGCCUACUAAUUUGAUUCGAGAUAGCUGACCAAAAAGCCAUGUGCUCAAGCGCGAACCAUACAUCGAUGUAGACCAUGUAAAUGACUUCUCUUCCCUCCCUUGUCGACUCCAGUUUGUGAUUUCGUUAAGAGAAUGAUUCCAAUAAUUUACUUGUCAAGCUUCCUCACAAAGUUUCACGAGUAGCAGCAUCAUGUAAUGGUUAAGUUGAUCUUUAGUCAUUGUCAUCAUGUAUUUAAUUUUAUGGUUGCACUGGGGGGAGAUUUCACGUUCCGUAAAUGACAAAUCAAAGAUAUACCUUUACUGAUUCA